AUGUUGCAGCAGGACAGUAAUGAUGACACUGAAGAUAUUUCACUGUUUGAUGUGGAAGAGGAGACAAAUAAUAGGCCAAAAAAAUCCCAAAUCAGACAUCCAUUUUUCCAUUUAUUCUUUCAAGUCAGUGCAAUUAUAGUCUAUCUUCUCUGUGAAUUGCUCAGCAGCAGCUUUAUUGCCUGCAUUGUGACAAUUAUCUUGUUGUUGUCAUGUGACUUUUAGUCAGUAAAGAAUGUCACAGGUACAAUGGUUGGCCUACACUGGUGGAAUCAUAUUGAUGAGGGUGGAAAGAGCCAUUGGGUGUUUGUGUCCAGGAAGGCAUCUACUCAAGAGAAUAAAAGUGUUUCAGAGGCUGAGUGUAGAAUCUUUUGGCCAGGGCUUAUUGCCUGUGUAGUGCUGUGGGUGGUAUUUGCCUUCAGUGCUCUCCUCUCCUUCAGAGUGAAGUGGUUGGCAGUAGUUAUCAUGGGUGUGGUGCUCCAAGGUGCCAACCUAUAUGGUUACAUCAGAUGCAAAGUGGGUAGCAGAAAGAAUUUAACCAGCAUGGCUACUUCGUAUCUUGGAAAGUAG